AUGUUCGACAGCGUGUCGAUCCUGUUCUCCGACGUGGUGACCUUCACGGAGAUCUGCUCACGCAUCACGCCCAUGGAGGUGGUCUCCAUGCUCAACGCUAUGUACUCCAUAUUCGAUACCCUUACUGAAAGGAACAGGGUAUAUAAGGUAGAAACAAUAGGCGACGCCUACAUGGUGGUGUCGGGAGCUCCGGAGAAGGAGGACAACCACGCAGAGAAGGUGUGUGACAUGGCGCUCGAUAUGGUGGACGCCAUCACUGACCUGAAGGACCCUAGCACAGGUUCCCACUUAUCAAUACGAGUAGGAGUCCACUCCGGCGCAGUAGUAGCUGGUAUAGUAGGUCUGAAGAUGCCUCGCUACUGCCUCUUCGGAGACUCUGUGAACACAGCCUCCCGCAUGGAGUCCACCUCGGAAGCCAUGAGGAUACAUAUCUCACAAACCACGCAGGAACUGCUGUCUCCAUCGUACAUGGUGACUGAACGAGGGGAGAUACAGGUUAAGGGGAAAGGUGCAAUGAAAACGUACUGGCUGGAAGGGCGUGAAUCCCGUCCAUCCCUCACCAAGGUCAUAUCACCACAACUCAGACCAGGAACAGAACUGGAAUGGGAAAGAGCUGCUGACGUCAGAGACAGUAUCGCAGAACAUUCAGCACAACAAAUGAACAAUAAAGAACAAAACAACUCGCGGAUACAAGAACUUCCAAAUUCUGGACCAAACUCCUUAGUGAAUGUAAAUUGUGGGGCUCUAAUGACUCUGCAGAAUUCUGUGAGAGCUUCCCAAGUAGCUGCACCUACGACAACGAUGACGUCACCCGUUGAAGAGAGACGGAUGUAUUCUCCUGUCACUUUCCAAGAUGUAGCCAGACGGAGUAUAGCGAAUUCCCCGAAUAGGACCGAACGGGAAAGAGAAUCACGAUCAAACUCAACAAGUGUGGUUGGUAUGUGGACUGACGCCGAAUCCGUGGAUCCUGCGAGAACUGCCGACAGUCUCAACUCCUCGUUUUGUUACAGUUCAACGUCACCCUGCAGAGUUGGAACAGCACCACAACCCAAAGACAAAGAUAAUGACAAUAUGGUUGAUGCGAUGUUAACUAGCCCUCGGCUUACCUUUGGGUGCUUCACGCUGUUCCAACAGUGCGUGGCUCGGAUGUCGCCGGCUCACUCCGCGCCGCCCAACGUUGGAGGGUCCUAUUCAACGCUAAGACCUGAAACUGCGUCUUCAACGGCUAAACAUAGUGGUGAUGAAAUAGAAACAGACACAGAAUACCAAGACGCACACACAGAUAUGAACCAAGUAUCACACAUAUGCACACAAGAAACAAUCGAAAACCCAAAACCUGGAAAAGUUGGGAGGUUUAAAGCAAAAAUAGCUCCUGGACACAACAAAUCAUGUGUCCAUAAACAAGUGUCCAAAGAUUCUAUAAAAGACAAGUUACAAGGGAAUGUCCCCCAUGGACACCACCAUACGAAGAAUGUGAACCAUCACCAAUGCUGCGGUGCGUUCGGAAACCCACAUGUCAGGCACAAAACUAAUUCGAGCUGUCAUCUUAUUUAAUUGUAUGUAGUUAUAAUUUUUCAUUAAUGUUUUACCCUUUCUUGGCGGGAAUUUUUAAUCUGUGUUAAAGACCACGUAAAAUAUCAAGGUAUUCAAACGAAAUAAAGAAUGAAUUAUGUUUAGAAAAAAUAUGAAAAAUUGUUUAUUAAAAUAGCAACUUUGUUAUUUAAUUCAUUUCUUUGUGGAUUUUAUUUAUCCGCCAUUAUGUUCAUACCAGUUGUAACUUUUGUUUACCAAUUCUGAUUAUUAAUUUAUCCGAUAUUUAAUUUAAUAUUACAAAAGGGUGAAACAGCUUCCUAGUAAGUAUAAUAAUAUAUCAAAACCCAGAAUGUUGAUAUCAGUAUUUUAAACAGAAUCUAUUUAUUAUCUUGGCCUAAAAAACAUUGUUGUAAAACCAAACAUAUACAAAUUCUCUCUAGUCCAGAGUACAUUUUUACAAAUACUUAGUUUUAGAAUAUAGAAAAUUAUACGUACUUAAGUUCUUAAUUAUUUAUAAGUUACAAAUUUUAUUUUUAUUAAGUUUAAAUGUAAAAACAAAUGUAAAACGUAACAUUUUCCCUCUUUAGGAAAUAUCAAAACGUAAAAAUAAUGAUCUGAAUCUACUUAUCAAAAACUUGUCGCUAUUUUUUAGUCUAACAUAGAUCUCAUAUGAAUGAUUCCCAAAAAUGAUUCCAAAGAUAUUUAUAUCGAGAAAAAAAAGUGAAGAGCUUUACAAGAUGACAAUAGAAUCUUAAAACAUUUAAUAUGUGAGAAAUAUCAACGUUUUUACGCUGUAUGACAGUGUUUUCGGAUAAGUCAGUCGACAUUACCUAAAAUGUAUUAUUAUAGAAUAUAUUUUCUUGUACACGAAGUGAUGACGAUAUUUUUAUUGUACUUACAUUUAGAUGGUUACUUAGUAACUUUGAAAGAUUUAUCUGAUCGUCUCUUAGUAUUUAAGGGCGUAGCGAAUUUUUCUAGUUGUUUAAAAGCCGUAAGAAGAGUUCAUAACAUGUUCAUAUCAUAUUAUACCUAUGCAAGUAUUUUUCAUAGCCUGUCAUGGCAUACCAUUUAUAAUCUGUACCUUAACCCUGUCAACUUAAGUGAUCACAUAGAUAAGUUACAUAUACACACAUACAUUAAAUAAGAAAUACCUAAACAUCACAAAUAUUAAAAAAACGACUCAAAGUUUAAAACCGUCUGUUUUCGUCGCUCCAUGUAAAUAUUUUGGUAGAUAACUGUCGCUACGCCCUCCCUAGGCACAAAUUGUUUGUAUGUAUUAUUCUGUGUAGUUAGGAAUUUACAGGAGCCACGUUCAUGGUUCAUAAGUCUAAAUGAUAUAAAAUGUCUUAUCAACAACUACUUAACUGUUUUACGUACUAGACGAAACAAAAAAAUGAAUAAAUACGCGACUAGUAUCGCGUAUAGCUAUUUUUUUUAUCAUAUAAAUACAAUAUUUAAACAUUUUUUUCUGUAAAACAAAUGCCAUCAUAGACCUUAGUGAUGUAAGAAUCAUAAGGAUAUCCCAUAAAUUAAUUACGAUGACAUUUCUAAAAUAAUUUGUUAACAUUACUUGGUUUUUAAUAUAUCCUAUCCGUAUGUGAGAACUAGCUAAGUCAGAACUUGGGCAAUAAUAUAUAAUCCUAAUUUAUAAACAGAAAUGAUAUCUUAUAUUUCUACUAAUUUAGAUCUCUCUCCUUUUGUCGUCGAAGUCAACGACUAAGGCAUAUAUUAUCGUAUUGAACUUGGCUCUCAUU